AUGCCUGCAGGCGGCUUCUCGCGCACGCGCAACGUCGAUUACGAUGACGACGAUAUUUACGACGACGAUGACUACUACGAAGACGACGCCGGGGACGUCGAUGCGGGAGGAGAUGGCAUGACGGAGGACGACAAAGAGCAGAUGCGUGUGGGCACCGUCAAAGUCCGCGAGGCGCUAGGAGAUAUGAGCGACUUCACGAGCGAUGAGCAGAUACAAGAAGCGUUAUGGCACUACUACUACGACAUCGGAAAGAGUGUGAGCUACCUGAAGAACAAGCUCGGGGUAGCAGAGCCGAAGCAGGAGGCACCCAAGCAGGAAAAGGCAAAACCAGUGUCGCGCUUCGACCAAGCUGCAAGCGUAGCAGACCAGAACGCGCCCGCAACCACAGACUUCUUCUGGGAUGUGCCCUGGGGCAACGUGCCACCCGAACGAUUAGGCGUCAUCACCGUCGAUGCCCCCCACUACAAAGGCGGCCUGCUUGGAGGCUCUUCGAAACUAGCCGCCCUUGCGGCUAAGCGGAGGAAGGAGCGCGAAGAUGCGGAAGCUGCUGCGUCCAAGGCAAACAACGACGCCGACUCAGCCAUCGCCAUGCUCGAUAAGCUCUCGGUGAAGAACCAAGGGAGUAGCAAUUCUGGAGGCGAUAGUGGCGAGUCUGAGCGUCCAGCUCGACUUUCCAGAUAUCCUGUCCGCAGACGUUCGCCAUCGCCAGCACCAGAAGCACCCAAAGAACCCGAAAUAGAAGAACCCCAAGCUCCUCAGCCUGCCGUCGUUGUCGAAUCGCCUGCUCAACGCGCUACGGCCUCUAUGUUCGCCUCCACCCUUUGUGGGCCCGACGAAAUGUCAAAGCACAUACAAGCACCGCUACAAGAGGUGCCGAUACCCUUUGCUGCGUACAAAUCCUAUGAUGGCACAGGAGCCUUUGCUGGACCAAGCCCGGACGAUAUUGUGCGGGCAGCACAGGCAAAGGGCGCAGGCGGCGGACGAACUACACCAAAGAAGAAGAAAAAGCAGACCAACGGUGACUUAGCCGAGUCGGUCGACAAGCUUACCGUGGCCGACGAGCCAAGAGUCAAGAGCAAGAACUUGAACGUUGUAGACGAGUUCGAAAAGAGCGCUUCGAAGCGGAUGGCUAAUUUUGUAGUGCUCGGACAUGUCGACCACGGUAAGAGUACGCUCAUGGGGCGAUUGCUUUACGAUCUUCAUGUUGUCGAUCAGCGAUCGAUAGACAAAUUACGAAAAGAAGCAGAAACUAUUGGCAAAUCAUCAUUCGCGCUCGCGUGGGUCAUGGACGAAACGAGCGAAGAGCGGAGUCGUGGUGUUACCGUCGACAUUGCGACAAACUACUUCGAGACAGACAGGAGCGUGUUCACAAUACUGGAUGCGCCUGGUCAUAAGGACUUCAUACCAAGAAUGAUUUCGGGUGCAUCACAAGCCGACUUCCCUGUCCUUGUCAUCGACGCAAGCACCAACAGCUUCGAAUCUGGUCUCAAGGGUCAAACGAAAGAACACAUUCUAAUUGCACGAAGCAUGGGUAUGCAACAUAUCGUUGUGGCCGUGAAUAAGAUGGAUACAGUCGGAUGGUCGAAAUCACGCUUCGACGAGAUCUCGAAACUCAUGACCACCUUCCUCACCGAAGCAAGCUUCCUCGAAAAGCGAAUAACAUUCAUACCCCUAGCUGGUCUGACCGGAGAAAACGUCGUCAAGAAGAUCGAAAACUCGGCCGCACAUUGGUACACUGGCGAGACUCUGCUAGAAGCUCUAGAACGAAUCGAUCUACCAACCCGAAACCUCACGAAACCACUUCGGCUCUCUGUUGCUGACGUCUUUCGAGGUGAUAUCCGUUCACCGCUAAGCAUAUCAGGCCGUAUCGAUGCCGGAACCUUACAAGUGGGCGACGUUAUCCUCGCUCUCCCUGCCAAUGAAACCGCAACUAUAAAAUCUAUCGAAGUGCAAGACGCACCCGUGGACUGGGCUGUCUGCGGUCAAAUUCCUACCCUCCACCUCACGGACAUCGACCCCGUUCACCUUCGUCAGGGAGACAUUGUCUGUUCCCCCAAAGAUCCUGUCAAACUUGUCAAAGCAUUUACGUCCAAGCUCCUCGCUUUCGAACACGUACUGCCUAUGCCGGUGGAAGUCUUUAGGAGCACACUCAACUCACCUGCAGGAAUUCGAACGCUGAGCGCUAAGCUUAAUAAGUUUACAGGAGAGGUUGUGAAGAAGAAGCCGAGAAUUGUGAAGCCAGGUGAGGUAGCAAGGGUGGUGGUGCAACUGGAAAAGGAGUUACCGGUGGAGGAGGGAAUGAGGGUCGUGCUUAGAGAGAGGGGACGAACGGUGGGGGCAGGAUUGAUGGAAAAUGUUGCUUGA